AUGCCAAGAAAGAAGUCACUUGAUCUCAAACAUCUUGAUGAACAAAAGAAGGCAGCGCUUUCCGAUAUUCAUGAUAAAUUAUACGAUGUGAAAGAGAAACAAGAUCAAGUUAACGAAGCUUUGGAGAAAAUUCAAGGUUUUCUGAACAGGGAUCCUCAUAUUGCAACGAAUCAAAAAGCCAGAGUAAGUCUUUAUUUUUUCUUGAAAUUCCAUAUAUGGAUCAGAUGUUAUUUUAGAAUCGAAGUAUUAGUCUGCACUCCACGUUGUUGAAAAAUACUGAAAAUCAAGUCGAUCUCCUGAAAAGCGUGUUAAACUCAAUUGAAGAAUUGCGAAAAUCCGAGUACAAAUCGAAAAUGAAGAAAGAGAUCAAACGACGAGAUUUAAUGGAAUUAAUUCAACAACAAGGCGAAACUCUGCCGCUUUGGGUAAAUGUGAAUAAUGGAUAUCCAGGAGAAGGUGUCGGUGCGAUUGCUUCAAAUGAAAAAUUAGUUGUGGGUGAUGCUGUUGCCGCAUAUCACAAAGACAAUUGGAUUUUAGCCGAAGUUGUGACGUGUCAUUCAUUGAGUCGAUUUGAAUGUCGAGAUGUUGAUGAUGAACAAAAGAAACUUUCUGUGUUUUCGAAGACAAAUCUGAUUUUAUUACCAAAAUGGCGGGCAAAUCCAGGAUAUGACAAACAUGCUUUAUUCCCGGUCGAUGCAAUUGUUCUUGCACUAUACCCCCAAACAACUUGUUUUUAUAAAGGAGUUGUUCAUGAGGUUCCAGCGGAAGCCACAGAUUGUUAUCAAAUCGCAUUCGAUGAUGCUUCCUACCCUUCCGGAUAUUCUCCUCCAAUGUCGAUUCCACAAAAAUAUGUGGUACGAUUUCAAAUAAGCGAUGAUGAACGGAGGAAGAAAGAAAACUCAGAGUAA